AUGGGGUGGUGCGGCACGGAGCUGCUGGCCGCGGGGCUGGGGGACGGGACGCCGCUCUUCCUCCUCCUCAUCCUCUUCCUCCUCCUCGUCCUGCUGCCCGGCACCUGGCGGCCGCUGGAGCCGCGGCGCGGAGAGCGGCUGGCUGCGUUCCGCACGCAGGACGGCCAGGCUCAUGUGGUGGAUUCGUACUGCCCACACCUCGGGGCUGACCUGGCUGCUGGCGGACACGUGGUGGGCAGCUGCAUCGAGUGCCCCUUCCAUGGCUGGCGUUUCCGAGGAGAAGAUGGGAAAUGCACCCACAUCCCAUAUUCUGGAAAAGUGCCAGAUUUUGCCAAGGUGCGGAGCUGGCCAUGCUGUGAGGUGAACGGGAUGCUGCUGCUCUGGUACCACUGCGACGGGACCGGCCCUGCUUGGGCUGUGCCUGAGCAGCCUGAGAUCAUCACUGGGGACUGGGUGUUCCGGGGGCAGACAGAGCACUUCGUGGAUGCACACAUCCAGGAAAUCCCUGAGAAUGCAGCCGACACAGCUCACCUGGCCUUCCUGCACGGCCCAGCCAUUCUGAGUGGAUCUGACCUGAGAUACACCAAGUCCAGGCUGUGGGACUUCAUGAAGCACGUCUGGGAGGCUGAGUGGCAGCCAGAGCCGGAGCCCCACAGGCACUGCUCCCGCAUGCAGCUCCAGCACACAGCCACCAUCUUUGGGAAGCGCUUCCCCUUGCUGGACCUGUCGGUGUCAGCCCGGCAGGUAGGGCCAGGGCUGGUCUUCCUCAACUUCAAACAUGCGUUCCUGGGCCAUGGGAUCAUCCUGCAGACAGUGACGCCCCUGGAGCCUCUCCUGCAGAACGUGGUCCACAAAAUCUAUUACCAGAAGAACGUGCCAGCCAUCAUCCCCAAGUUCAUCCUGAGGGCAGAAUGCAUUCAGUUUGAACGAGAUGUGACCAUCUGGAACAACAAGCAGUACCUGCCCAAGCCACUGCUGGUCUGCGAGGAUGCUGGCAUCCAGAAGCACCGGCGCUGGUUUGCACAGUUCUACAGCGAGAGGAGCAGGCGGCCGUCAGGGCCCAAAGGGGACCUGGACUGGUGAGGGCUGUGGUGCCCUGCAGAGCACCGAGCAAAACAAGGAGUGUCGUGUAGGCACAAGGAGCCCUGGCACUCUGUGCACCCGCUGUGCUCAAGGCACCGAAGCCCUACUGGUGUUCCAUGCUUGCUGUUGUACCUCUGCUGUCAUCUGUGAGCGGAGCACAAACUGACAAAACUCCCUCUUUGUGCCUCUCUCUGGGUAGGUAAAAUGCUUUCUGUGUGACCCUUUCUUGCACCACGUUUCCCAGCUGCGCUUGCUGCUGCUCCUGCACCAUCUCCUCGCCUUGGGCAGGCUCCAGCUCCCUGGGGAAGCCUUGGCCAACGUCUGUGUGGCCCCAGAGGUGUGACUGCAAAGCCCACAGGCGUCUGCCAUCCUCCCUUCCUCUGACAGAGGCAGAGCAGAGCAGCAGGGUUUCAGCAGCCCACCACGCUCCUUGGGUGGGCUUCCUUGGUCCCACUGAGCUCUGCAGGAGGGAUGCACCCAUUCAGACAGCAGGGGGACUAUCCCAAUGACCAAUUCACGUUGUGAACAUCUCUGCAGGUCAAGGAUGUGCUUUGGAAACCCCUGCAUGCCAGCAAUGCCAUAGAUGCUCAGCUGGCUGUAAAAAUCUGUUACUCAUGGCAAGACCACAGGUGUCACUGUCAGUGAUCAGAAGUGAAGCUGAUACGUGGAAACCAGGCUGCAAAUCUGGCUGAAACUGAUCUACACUCCCUUAUGCUUUAUGCCUGUAUGUUUUAUAUUAAAGAGUUAAAUUCUGCCUUGCUGCACAGCAUAGAGAUAGCUGUACUCUCUAUAGAAAGAGCCUGCAGGAUUCUGGCAGCUACUCAGUGCCACAGUCCAGCAAGAGCCAAUGCCCAAUGUGAGCACCUUUCCAAGUUGGUGGCUGCUUUGCUCUUAUGCUGUGCAAUUCUUUGUGCCUUCAGAACUCUGCACCGUGCUGAGGUUUAUGGUUCCUCCUUCACCAGUAACCCACAGACCAGGAGCAGCCCAUUGCCCACCUUGGCUAGCAGCUGACACUGUGCAGGCGGUGCCUUUGCUCUUUGUACCACGCUAUUGCACU